UUAUAAACUCGCCGCACGAGAUUCAACUAUGUUUUAGUUCCGAGUUCAGUUCUUCAUCUCAUCAGAAGACAGACACAUUCGAAAAGUAAAUAGAACGUCUGAGAGAAGAGUAGUGAUUCAGUGCUCCGCAGAAUUGGACAGAAAUAUAAAAAUGUUCUUGCGGAUGAUCUCGCGGCCGUUGAUGGCGAAGCUGAAAGAGACGACGGGGAUCGUCGGAUUAGACGUGGUCCCCAACGCUAGGGAAGUCCUGAUUGGUCUCUACAACAAGACCCUGAAAGAGAUCCAGGCCGUUCCCGAGGACGAGGGCUACCGUAAGGCUGUGGAGAGCUUCACACGCCACCGUCUGAAGGUCUGCCAAGAGGAGGAAGACUGGGAAAUGAUCGAGAAGCGCCUCGGAUGCGGCCAGGUCGAGGAGCUCAUCGAAGAAGCGCGUGACGAGCUCACUCUUAUCGGGAAAAUGAUCGAGUGGGAUCCUUGGGGUGUUCCCGAUGACUAUGAAUGUGAGGUUAUCGAAAAUGAUGCUCCAAUUCCCAAGCAUGUUCCUCAACACCGACCUGGUCCUCUCCCUGAGGAGUUCUACAAGACGCUAGAAGCUGUUUCUAAAAAGGAUGAGCCUAAAGUCACCUCUGGGGACCCACUGAUAAAGGAGUAGCAUGCUACAGGACUUGGCUGGAGGCCCUUAGGGUUUCAGAGUCGAGUUUGCAUUUUUCUUCUCAUUCUCUUGUUUAUGUUUGUCAAUCUUGUAUUGCUCCUGUUUCGUUGAUCGAAUAGAGGUUUAACCUAAGACAGAGGCCGGAACCAUUCAGUUGCAAAUAAUAUUGAUAUGCUAGGGGUCAAAAAAUUUUUGUUGUCCUCUCAGCUCUGUUUCCUCCAAUCCUCUGACGUUUACAUAAAUAUUUUUUUUUUCAUCUUGAUACCGAUAAACGGUAAUGGCAUGAUUGCCAUGAUCUAUAUGAAGUAGCAUUUGGUAUAAUUUUUGAAAUCAUUACAGUGAUUUAAUUAUUAUGGUGAUAA